AUGGUCAAAGGACAGAAAAAACAGUCUAAAAAAGGUAAAUCAGUCACCUUGAAAAUGGCUCAGCAAGGCCAGGAAGUUAUUUCCAGCGACAGAUGGCGCCUGAACCUCAGUUUCAUGGGGAUCACCACCGUGCCAAAGAAAAUCCUGACGAAGUUUGCCAGGGAUGAGGUGAACCUGAGCAGGAACCUGAUCAGAAAGCUUCCAGAUUUAGAUGACAUGCCAAACAUCAUCGUCUUGGAUCUGCACAGCAACCUUCUGGAGCAGGUCCCUGUGACGAUCUGCCACCUGGAGAACCUGGAGGUUUUGAACCUGUGUAACAACCGUCUGACAGUGCUCCCCAGUGAAAUUGGCCUGCUAAAGAAGCUCCACACUCUGCACCUGGGUCUGAACCAGCUGACGGCUCUUCCCGCUUCCUUCGUCGAGUUGAAGGCGCUUCGCCACAUCGGCCUCUCUGACAACCAGUUCACCCGCGUGCCCCACUGUCUCUCCAGCCUGAAAAAACUGGAGAAGAUCAACCUGGAGAGGAACCCCAUCCCCCCUGAGCCAACGCAGAUCCUUGAGUCAUACACUACGCUUUGCCUGGUUAGAACUGUCUUCCUGUGUGAGGACUGUGUGGAUCAUUUACGAACUGAGAGGAAAAAGAUGGAUGAUGCAGCAGAUACGUAG